GAAAAAAACUGUAAUUUCAGGUCGUUCUGACGCUGGUGUGGAUGAUCAUCGAGCCACCGGGCACGAGAUUCUUCUACCCGGAUCGUAAGCAGGUGAUCCUCAAGUGCAACAUCCAGGACAUGAGCUUCCUUUUCUCCCAGUUGUACAACGCGUUGCUGAUCCUUAUCUCGACCGUGUACGCGGUGAAGACGCGGAAGAUACCGGAGAACUUCAACGAGAGCAAGUUCAUCGGCUUCACCAUGUACACAACCUGCAUCAUAUGGCUGGCGUUCGUCCCCAUCUACUUCGGCACGGGGAACGCGCACGAGACACAGAUCACCACCCUCUGCGUGGCCAUCAGCCUUAGCGCCACCGUCACCCUCGUCUGCCUUUACUCCCCCAAGAUAUACAUCAUCCUCUUCCAACCGGACAAAAAUAUCCGGAGGAAGGUCACCAUGGGCGACAAGUCGAAGAAACAGGGAAGCAGCGCAGGCACCUCCUCCAUCACCAAAUACACGGGAUGCGAGCUGACCAGCGAGAGCAUGCCGCUUCAAAGCGCGCUCACGGCCGCGGUGCAGACGUCGGUAGGAGUGACAGAGAUCUCCCUGGCAUCGAACGCAUCGAGCAAAACUAAUAACGAACAAGUGGCGCAGCUGUAGAGAAGCUAUAAUUCGUACUCGAGAGAGAGGGGGACAUCCUGGCGGCCGGCCAACCUCCCUCCUCCCAUCUGAACUUCCGAACGAAGGAGCAGAGUGAAUAGUGCGAAUCCGUGUUAAUAAAAAGGGGAUAGUAGUGGCGAGCUUAGAGAAACGUGUUGCGCGGCAAAAAGAAGCAACGGUAAAAAUCUGUGGAGACGAGUCUUAACGAGGCCACUUCCGAUUCUUCCUUUUCUGUCCGCUUGUUUCUACGAUACGCUGGUUCCUCGACGUGGAGUAAGCUCAACUUCCUUCCAUCGGUAGAAUCGUGUCUUUCGAUUCGACGAGUAAAAGAAGAAGAGAGAUGAACGUACGCAAUGUGUAUAUAUAUACACUUAUAGAUUUCUCUCCCGUUUUAUUACGUAUCGCGCAGGUGGUGUGCGAUUAAAAGUGGUGCGUGGACUCCUUAAAUUAAGCAAACUAUUUAAAUAAAAAAAUCCGCGUUGCCUAUUAUCCAAUUACACGACACUGGAUCAUAUCUGUGUCGUCGUAAACUGUCGUCUUCGCUCGUUCAUUAUAUAUCAAGAUCACUCGAUCGUAAUCGAGAUCGCUAUUGUUAUUGUUACUGUUACAAACGGUUAUCCUCGUGAAUAAUAUAUGAAUACGUAAAUACGGAUAUUUAUAUAUAUAUAUGUUAUUAGAUACCGUCGUAACACGAACGUAACCUGGUGGCACGAGUUUGAACUUAUACAUAUAUCCCUCUGUGCAUAAGUGUGUGUGUGUAGAUACGUGCUGGUUUAACGAACGACUGAUAUAUAAUGUAAAUUAUUAUUAUUAUUAUUAUUAUUAUAAAGCGAUGCUCGUUUGGCUAAAUUUUAUGCGUUUAAUAAUAUCUGAUGGUAUUCCGUUGAGUAAUUUAAUUAAUUAAAUGCUUCGAAUUAUUAACUCGUCAGAAUAUCAAGACAAUUAAAAAUAAUUACAGAAAAAAUUUUGAAUAUUCUUCGUGCCAUAUUUAACAUUAUGUUAUUGUAUUCCUUGAUGCAAAUUAUAAUUAAACGGGUAUCCACGUACUUAUGGAGAGGAUACGUAUUCGAACGAAUAUAAAUUGACGGACACAAGGAUAAAGAUAAUGUAAAUCCACGAGAAAAAUUCGACUCGUUGUUUCGAGCUAAUCUGUGACCGGCAAAUGUACUUUACAAUGUUUGUAUCGUUUAUUGGUUUAACGAACCAACUAAUUGGCACGAUUAAACCAGCGUGUUCACCCGCGUAUCGAUGAUUAAACUCGAUUACGAUUAAUAAUGACGCGACCGAAUGGAGUUUUCUCUUUCGGUAUUUAGUUCGAAACUGUGCUAAAUCAUUGGCGUGCGUGCACGGUGUGCGUUCGCGCGUAAGGGAUAAGCUCGUGCCAGAAAUUAUUCUGUCGGAAAUGGUUCGCUCGCGCAUAUAUAAUUAGCUUGUUUCGAGUGAUCGACGUUCAUUGUCCACUUCUCCCACGUAGAUCGUUGACGAACUAUAUUAUAUAUAUAUAUAUAUAUAUAUAUAUGUAUUAUAUAUAUAUAUAUAUAAUAUAUAAAGAAAAAAAAAGAAAAAGGAGAAAAAUAUUUACAUUCCGUGAGAUGUAUAUAUAUUAUAUACAUGUUAUUAAAAAUAGGAUAUUUAUCACACACGUACUUAUACAUAUAUACAGAGUUAUUAUCGUUGCGCGAAAUCUCAUGUGUUCCUUCCUCGGGACGCCUAAUAAUAAUUGCGUGAGUUUGUUAAUUUUAUUCGUGAUGCUCCGUCGAUAUCCAAGUUGCAUCUCGCAAUUCGAAAAAAGUCGUUAUAAUAUCGGGGACCGAAAUUAAAUUUUCAUUCGAAUUAUAUACUUCUUCGAUAUUUUUUAAUCGUCUCGGGAUUGUGAAACGAUGCGGAAUCGUUUUUGGGAUUACGGGAUAGAUCGUUAUUAUUCCCUUAGAUGUAUAUUCGAUCAUCGAUAUCUCUAACGAGUUGAGCGUUUAUAAAGAUUUAUUUAUGUUGUUUCUAACAAUCGGUAAAGCGGUCGUUCGGAUCGCGAAUAACGGAAUUACCAACAGUCAAUAAAAAAGGAUCGUAAAAGAAGUGCAAUUCGAUAGUUCGCCGUGCGAAACUUUAGAACAAUAACUGGAGCACAGGAAGAAUGUAAGGGAAGAGAAAGAGUCAGAGAGAAGUGACAAUGACAGGGGAAAAAUGAAUGGUGGAAAAUUUUGAAACUAGGCCGACUACGUGACGGCGUAAAUUCAAUAUACACACAUACAUUUACACGCAUACACGCGCACACACAUAUACACAUAUACAUUUCUUCCAUGAACAGUAGACAAUAAAUAAAUCGCUUUAAGGCGAACCUUUAACCUGGCUCGACCAAUAUCAGAAUUUACACUCGACCUGUUCGAUUAAAACAACAUCUUGAUCUCGGUGGUAGCCUAAGAUGGUUAGUGGAAAGUACGCGAAAAUGAGAACACGAAAGAGUGUGAUUUAAAACGAUCGUGCGCGACCUUGAAGAUUAUAAUUCGCUUAAACUGCAAAGAUUGGACUGUAGUUAAGAAAAAUCGAGAUAUAAAAAAAUUAACUUGUUACUGCGAACUAUUCAUACCUGAAAUUGUAAUCUUCGAUAAUUAUAACGCGCGAAUGAUUCAAAUAUACUUGUUACGAAACGCAAAAUUCAUUAUUGAAAGAAGAAAAGCGUGGGGAAACAUUAAUACGAUGGGGAAUUAUACUUGAAACCGAAGCAAAAAGAUAACUUUGUAUCUUUUAUUAUAACAUCAAGCAUUGAAAUAGAUUUGCCCCGUCAAAUG